AUGGAUGAAACAGAAAGAGAAGCCUCUCGUUUGUGGAGAGUUUAUAAAACCGUGAAGGAAAUGGUGAGAGAUAGAGGAUAUAAUAUAUCAAGAGAAGAAAUUGAGAUUAGUUUAGAUGAGUUUAAGAGAAAUGUUUGUGAUAGUAUGGGAAAGCCUCAAAGGAAACAGAUGUGUUUUCAAGCUUUUCCAGCAGAUGAAGCAUUGUCCAAGUUUAAUGAUUUAGGAUCUUUGUGGGUUGAAUUUUCGGAAGAGCCAAAUGUGAGUGUUAAAGAGAUACGAGAGUUGUGUAGUCAUUUGGUGGAAAAAAAUUUUUCAACUGGGAUAUUUGUUUAUCAAAAUGGGAUUACGCCAUCAGCAUUGAAGUUUUUUCCCAAUGCUGCACCAGCAGUUAUUGAGAAAUUUAUGGAAAAGGAAUUGAUUGUUAAUAUUACCCAUCAUGAGUUGGUUCCAAAGCAUAUCAAGUUGUCGAACGAGGAAAAAAAGGAAUUGUUGGAGAGAUAUCGAUUGAAAGAGAAUCAAUUACCAAGAAUACAAAAGGAGGAUCCAGUUGCGCGUUAUUUGGGAUUGAAACGAGGGCAAGUGGUUAAGAUCAUCAGAAGAAGUGAAACAGCAGGACGAUAUGCCAGUUAUAGAAUAUGUUUUUGA